AUGGCGGCUGCUCUCAAUCUCCCGCCACUGCCAGUCUUGAACAAGAAACAAGUGGACGAUGAGGUCUGGUCCUUGAUACCGGAAGAGUCGCUUGCACGGUUGCAACAGUCACCUCCUGGCUCGUCGUCAAGGGAGGCUCUUAUUCUCAAAAUCAUACAGACGAUCGGAGAUCGUAGACUGCCACCCCUGGAUGUCGAUGAGAUAUCGGCAAGUCUCAGCCGGCUGGCGACCCGAGGGGAGGGUCCGGACCCCUUCAUAAGGUUUUUGACUUCGCAAGGUGUUCGCGAACAGACCAUCCAGGCUUUUCAGGCAUGGUCUGAGGCCAUGGGCGAUCUUCAGAUGGAUGAUGAUUUCCCAUGGAGCAAGUUCGUUAACGGCACAGGUGGUCCGUCUUAUGCGAUAGUUGCGCAUACGUAUACUAGCAAGUCAUCCGACCCACCAGUAACCCCAUCUGGUCUCUCUGGGCCGAACACGUGGCUGAACAUGGUUGAGAAGAGGUUCUUCGUCAUUCAACACAGCGACGGGCAUAUCAUGGCGGUGCUGAGGCUCGUAAGGGAUGCCCAGGUGGCUAGCUGGACCAAUACGACCGUCUCAACACUCUUGAACUUUGACACGAUCGUCAAUGGCGUCAUUCUAACGCAUACGAUUGUAGUCGCUGGCGAUGUACCUGCAGGAUACUAG